AUGAACAGGAUAUUAGCCAUAGAAGGAUGGGAGACUUUCUCUCAGCUCCUCUGCAGCUCUGCUAGCUGGGAACAAGGAGGGGAAGGAGGAGGAGCUUAAAAGAGGUUCCUGGAAGCAGGCCACCAUGGCUGAGGACUUUGUGACCCUCAAGGACACUGCCAUGGAUUUCACCCUGGAAGACUGGGAAGAACUGGAGCUGGAGCUGAAUAAGAGAGACCCAUUCUGGGACUUGACACUGAGCAACUGCCAGGACCUUUUCCUGCUCAACCCUCCAAAACCCAGCCUGGUUUCCCAACCAGAUAUCAGGGAAGAGCUGGAAGCUACAGUCAGAGGAGGGGGCCUGGAAGCCACUGAUACUGAAGUGACUGAGACCAAGAGUUCUCCUUUACAGCAGGCCUUCUUGGAAGAAGGCCUCUCUCAGAUUAUGGAGACAUUGUCUGAGGAACUGAACUUUGAAGCCUGUAUAGAUGAGAACUGGUUAGAUAGUUUGCUUGGAGAUCCAGAAAAUCUUCCAAGAUCUGACAUUACCAACAAGGAAAGCCCCACAGAUUGCAAGAGUCAUGAAUUUGAGAGCAGCCUCAGUCCUGGGCCUCUCUUUUCCACAGGAGAGGAUGCUGGGAUGUCUGAUGUUCUGCCAGUGACACUGAAGGAAUCCAGGAGUGACUUCAGCUGUUACCUAGAACAGAGCCAGAAGGACUCUGUCCAGGGAGAAGAGAAGCUACUUAAGUGUAGCGAGUGUGGGAAAAGCUUCAGUCAGAGUUACCACCUCCUCCAGCACUGGAUUAUCCAUGUGAGGGAUAAUGCCCCUUCAUGGCAAGAGAAGGAGACUGAGCUCAGCAAGGGGGCUUUCUUUCUCAUGCGUCCACCGACUCAAACAAGCUACAAACCCUACGUGUGUCAAGAAUGUGGGAAAAGGUUUAGUCAGAAUAUGUACCUCCAGUGGCAUCAGAAGGUUCACACUGGAGAAAGCCUGUGUAAAACUCAAUGUGAUAACCUAGAAAAGCCAUCCAAGAGUCAAAAUGGUGAGCCACAAAAGCUGCUGCAGAGUAAAGAUUCUAACUCCGCAGAAUGGUGUAAAAUUCAAAAUUGGGACCAAGAAAAACCACCUACUAGUAAUGGUAGUAACCAAAAGAAACUGCAUAAGAGUCAGUGUGGUGACAGUCCAUUCGUUCUUCGUCCACGGCCUAUCAAGCAUCAGCAAUCUACAAACACUAAGUUAUACAGAUGUAAGAAAUGUGGGAAAACAUUCAGCCAGGCCUUUCAUCUAGCUGGACACCAGAAAGUCCAUAUUCAGAAACUCUAUGAAUGUGCUACCUGCCCUGAAGUCUUCCACAUAAAGAAACAUUUCAUCCAACAUCGAAAAACGCAUUUUGUAAAAACUGUCUUUGAGUGUCACGAGUGUAAAAAGAUCUUUAAUCAGAGGUCAUCACUCAUUGAGCACCAGGCUGUUCAUACGGGGGAGAAGCCAUACAAGUGUAGAGAGUGUGGGAAAGCCUUCAGCCACUCCUCCACCCUGAAGAUCCACCAGAGGGCUCACAGCGGAGAGAAACCUCACAAAUGCCUUGAGUGUGGGAAAGCCUUCUGCCGCAGCGCACACCUCCAUGAGCACCAGCGAAUCCACUCAGGCUACAGACCCUACCCGUGUCCGCACUGCGACAGGAGCUUCAGCCGUCCCUCCCGCUUGCUCCGACACCAGCUGACUCAUGCCACAGAAAAGCCCUUCGGCUGCACUAAGUGCAAGAGCACCUUCAGCCACACAGAAGAACUAGCGCAGCACCAUAAAGCUCACACCAUUGAGCCCCUGUAUGAAUGCCAGCAGUGUGGAGAACACUUCAUUUGCAGCUCAACUCUAAACUGCCACCUGAGCGUCCACACCAAGGAAAACGUAAGCGAGGUUUUGGGUCAGAACUCAAGGCAUACCGAGAAAUGCUUUAAAUAUAACAAGUGUGAAAAAGCCUUCAACCACAACAGAUAUGUAGGGCAGCAUAAGAGCCACACCGAGGUCACAGCCUCUGAGUGUAACCCAUGUGUGAGAGCCUUCAGCCAGAGUAUGCAGCUCCCUUGCCAUCAGAGCAUCCAUGCUGGGGCAGAGCCAGAAGAGUGCACUGACCCCAAGGAACCCACGCAUAACACCUCUGUCAGUGAGCACCAGCCCUUUAAAUGUAACAGCUGCAACAGGACCUUUAAUCAGAGUGCCCAGCUUUUAAGACAUCAGCUAACUCACACUGGGGAGAAACCCUUUAAAUGUAGUGGAUGUGACAGAGCCUUUAAGCAGAGUAACUACCUUAUUCAGCACCAGAGAAUUCACACUGAAAAGCAACACUUAGAGUGUAGUGUGUGUGGGAAAACAUUUCGUCAGAACUCAAGCCUCUCUAAGCAUGAGAAAACUCACACAGGGGAGAAGCCCUUCAAAUGUGGUGACUGUGGGAAAGCCUUCAUCUUGGGUGCCCAACUCAUCCGACACCAGAGAAUUCACACUGGGGAAAAGCCUUACGUUUGUCAGGAAUGUGGCAAAGCCUUCAGCCAGAGCUCCUGCCUAACCCUUCACCGUAGAGUUCACACUGGUGAGAAGCCGUACACAUGUAGCAAAUGUGGGAAAGCCUUUUCCCAGAAAGCAAAUCAAAAGAAGCAUGAGAGGAUUCACAGUGGAGAAAAGCCUUAUACCUGUGAUGUGUGUGGUAAAGCCUUUGGCUUAAGCACACAUCUCAGUCAGCACCAGAGAAUUCACACCCAGGAGAAACCACAUUGUCAAGAUUGUCACAAUGUCUUUCACAGCUCUUCUGCUCUUAGCAAACAUCAGCAACUGCACACUUGUAAAGUAACAAGUAGCAUUGCCCAGAGCCACUUAGCGACGGCAGAGUCCCAUACAUGUGAAGGCAUUCAUAUGAAGUCAGCCAUUGAAACCAACACGUUGCAAACCUCCUCUCCCAGCAAGUCCUAAUAAAAUGGAUGAAACAGCA